CUGUCUGGAUUACAUAAACAAAUUACUAGCUCGACUGUCAUGUGAAGACAGCUUCUUGGUUUCAAGUACAGUUAUAUACAUUUCUACGGAAGGAGAAUCGUGGGACAGCUCUGGGUUUGGUGUGUACAGUAUUUAAAGGAGGCGAUGGAGAGCAAUGGCCGUCUGGGCUUGCACAUCUUUGUGACCGCGUCCUACCUGUUCAUCGGGAUGUUCAUAUUCCGUAGCCUCGAACUGGACAACGAGAAGGUAAUGAGAGAACAGAUGAUUCAAGAGAUCCAGGCAUUUUUAGCCAACUCCACGUGUGUGACGAUGUCGGAGCUGAGGUACUUGGUUGGAGUUGUGGAGGGCGACGUGAGGAUGGCCAGGGCGGUUGUUGAGAACAGGUCCAUAUCAGACAAAUGGGAUUACUCUGGUGCGAUGUCAUUCGUUGCCACAGUCGUCACUACUAUAGGUUAUGGUCACCUCGCCCCCGUUACGACGCCCGGUCGUGUGGUCACCGUUAUCUACGCCUUGAUCGGUAUCCCCCUUACCCUCAUCAUGUUGAAGGACAUCGGCGACAAGCUGAACAACUGGAUAACCCGUUUGUACCGGGUACAGUAUUGUCAGAGGGCCUGGAUUAACAGGACCAUCAACGUAUCCAUCGUUGUCUUCGUGGGCGUUAACGUCACCAUACUUCUACCGUCAGCGUUAUUUAUUCACGUCGAGGGGUGGACGAUGGUGGACGCUGUCUACUACUGCUUCAUCACACUCAGCACGAUUGGCUUUGGGGAUUUUCUGCUUAGGGGGGCAGAUCUGUUGACAUGGAACAGAAGUCUGUACACAUUCUUUAUUUACAUCUGGGUCUUCAUCGGACUGGCUUAUAUAUCUCUCAUCAUCAGCUGUAUCUCAAACACCAUCGUGGAGAAGGCCCGAUCUGUGGAGAGACACACACUGACCAAGGUAGAGGCAGAGCUGAGACGACUGCGCCACGAAAUGAUGAAGUAUCAGCGCCGGUCCCAGGACAUCACAACCAACAUGGGCGAAGCCAGGUCACCAAGUACACCGUUGGACGUCAAACUAAUGCACUAUACACAUGUCGGACAAGACAACAACGCCUUUGUGUGUUCUGUAAACUCUGAAACAUUUCAUGUCAAAAUCCAGAAAAAUACUGACGAUGUGAAUUAACGUUUAUUCGUGGACACUGACGAGAGCAAGAGGGUGUAGAUGUGGAGGUACAUUGUUUGUGAAUAGCUCGGUGUUGUUGGGAGAUGACACAUAUAGGACUGCAUGCUUCUGUGAUUCCGAGUGAUUCCCGGAAUAUGUUUCUUAGCGUUCUUUUCAUCUCCGAAAAGUUGUGACAGUACGUGGUUUUCAAUCUGGAUGUGUUUCAUACAGGUAUUUAAACAACAAUUGGUGUGUUCAGACACAAAACGUAGAUUGUGACAAGCCAAAAACGUUCCAACCUACAGGUACCUUGUAUUGGCAAGUCCACACUGGCAAUUGACUCCUACCAUUAAUGCAACCACUGAACUCUUUCCUUUUUUCGUAGCUUUAUGCAAGUAAACCAAACCUGAGCUACCUAUCCCAUCUGCAGGCAUUCAGUCUUCAGUCUUCAGUUCGUGUUCUACGCUACUUGUACAGCUAUGCCAGUGGAAUUUCCGGACUACCUCAGCAUUAUCUGCAAGGACUCAAUAUGUUCACGCCACGUUCGGAUAAUUGGUUGACAGCGUGUCAUCGUGCCCCGAAGGUUGAGCGUGGUUCACAAUGUUAAUCACCACUUUGUCUGGUCGAAAUUCGGCUUAUUUGCGGUAGGGUAGCCUAGUGAUUAAAGUGUUCUCUCGUCACACCGAAGACCAGGUUCGAUUCUCGACAUGAGUAUAAUGUGUGAAGCCGUGAUAUUGCUAGAAUAUUGCUAAAAGCGGCGUAAACUUGAUCUCAAUCUCACACUCAGAUUCGAUUUCCUCCAGCUAGCCACCGAAACAGCUGCAAUAUGGUUCAGCGCAGCACUACAAACAAUGCCCACAGCCUUCAGCUGAUGAAGUUUGGAUAAUAUCAUGCCGUUGUGGAAUAAUAAAAAUUCAUUUUA